ACGUCCAAUGAUAGUUCCUCUGUUUCUCUCCCUGCUCUGCCUUCCUUAUCCACAGAACACUCCUUUCGGCUUUCGCUUUCUCUCGAUCAUCUUCUUCUUCGUCGUUACUCUCACUUUUGUCCUUCUUCUCAAUCUCCCCACUUUCCAUUUCUGAAAAUAUUCCAACCCAUAACCAUUGAGGCACUUAAGCAUUGUACUUGAAAGUAAAAUUCUGAUGGCCCAUCUCUUCUCCAGCUCUCUUAAAUCUCAGCCUUCGAGCUUCUGUUGCUUCCACUGUCUGUUCAUUUCUUGCCGGAACGUUUCGCCAAAAUCAUCGCAGAGACUUCAAUUCUGUAACACAAUUCCAUGUUGUGCCAAGAGAUGGGUGGCCCACCAUGCUAGCAUGAUUUCCCAAUCAAAUGAACCCUCAGGCUCCUCAACGAAUUCUGUUUCUGAGGAUUUUGAUAUUGUCUCUGCAACUGAGUGUUCUGAUGGUAGUAUCUUGUACCGUUUUGGAAAUGUUGAUGAGAUAGUGAAAAAUACGGUCAAUGUUGACGAAGAGAAACCCCCCCAAAAAACUCUUGAGGAAGGAGGAAAAGUUAGUGCUGGGGCUUUGUGGAGUGAAGAUGUUGAAAAGUUAAGCCUUGAAGGUGAUUUGGAUGCAAUCCAUAGAACCAGGAGUGAAAACACUGAUGUUGGUCAUAGUUUAAAUGGGGAGAUUGACUCUUUCUCUGUCAAAGACCUAAGAAGUAAUUUAACAGUGUUGAGUGAUGAUGCUGAUAAGGAUUCUCAGCAUCCAGAAAAUGGAAGUGUUGUUGAUAUCUCACUGAAAACCAGUAAGCUUACCAAGUUUGAUUUAGUAGAGGAGGGAAAACAUGAAAAUCAUCAUGAAGACGUUGUAUCUGAGGUUCAAGACGUCCCAAGUGUGUCUGAUGAAAGUUCUGAAGUUAAUAGUCACACAAAAGUGGUGGUUCCAACAGUUACUCCAGAGCUGGGUGUGUCUCCUGAUUUAGUAGAGGGGAAAAAACUUGAAAAUGACCAUGAAGAUGUUGUUUCUGAGGUUCAAGGCAUCCUAAGUGUGUCUGGAGAAAAUUAUGAAGUUAAUAGUCACACAGGAGUGGUGGUUCCAACAGUUACUCUAGAGUCUGGUGCGCCUCCUGAUUUAACCGAGGAGGAAAAACAUGAAAAUGACCAUGAUGAUGUUGUUUCUGUCGUUCAAGAUAUUCCAAGGGUGUCUGAGGAAAAUUCUGAAUGUAAUAGUCUCAUAGGAGUGGUGGCUACAACUGUCACUCCAGAUUCUGGUGUGUCUCAUGAUUUAGUUGAGAAGGGAAAACAUGAAAAUGAUCAUGUAAAUGUUGUUUCUCAGGUUCAAGACAUCCAAGGUGUGUCUGAAGAAAAUUCUAAAGUUAGUGGUCAAGGAGUGGUGGUUCCAACAGUUACUCCAGAGUCUGGUGUUUUUCCUGAUUCAAUUGAGGAGGAAAAGCAUGAAAAUGGCCAUGAAGAUGUUGUUUCUGGGGUUCAAGAUAUCUUAAAUGUGACUGAAAAAAAUUCUCAAGUUAGUGGUCAAGGAGUGGUGGUUUCAACAGUUACUUCAGAGUCUGGUGUAUCUCCUGAUUCAGUUGAGGAGGAAAAGCAUGAAAAUGACCAUGAAGACGUUGUUUCUGAGGCUCAAGGCGUCCUAAGUGUGUCUGAAGAAAAUUCUGAAGUUAACAGUCACACUGGAGUGGUGGUUCCAACAGUUACUCCGGAGUCUGGUGAGUCCCCUGAUUUGGUUGAGGAGGGAAAACUUGAAAAUGACCAUGAAGAUGUUUCUGAGGUUCAAGAUGUCCCAAAUGUAUCUCAAGAAAAUUCUGAACUUAAGAGUAACACAGGAGGAGUGGUUCCAACAGUUACUGCAGAUUCUGGUGUGUCUUUUGACUUAGUAGAGGAGGAAAAACAUGAAAAUUAUCAUGAAUAUGUUGCUUCUGAGGUUCAAGAUGUCCAAAGUGUGCCUGAAAGUUAUGAAGUUCAUAAUCAUGUCGGAGUGUUGGUUCCAACAGUUACCCCAGCGUCUAGUGUAUCUGCUGAUUUUAAUACCAGUGCUCAUGGGAAAGUUGAAAAGAAAAGUGAAGCUGAUGAGAGUAAUGUUGUAGAUAGAGCAGUAAACAACCUGACUGCUGAUGCCACUGAAGACGUAGCUGACAUGAUGCCAGGUCUUACUUCUUUAGAGUCUGAACUAGUUCUUGAUGAGGAAACAAGUCAUCACAUUGAUGUUGAAUCUGUUGAUGCAGAUAAAAAGUUAGAUGAAUUGGAUCCAUCCUUCAAAUCGGACAAUGAAAUAGUAAUGGAUAAUGCAAGAAAAAGUGAUUAUGAAUCUCCAUCCAGUGCUCGUGUGUCAGAGAUGCAUUCAGCAAAGACAGUUCCUGAUGAGGAGAAAACAUUGACUACCGGACUUUCCCUAACUUCUGGUGUUGCCUCCAUGCCACAUCCAUCUAAGGCAUUGGCAGGUCGAGAGGAUGCUUAUUUCAUUGCUUGCAAAAAUUGGUUAGGUGUGGCUGAUGGAGUUGAUCAGUGGUCAUUUGAAGCAAAUAGUAAUGGACGAUAUACAAAAGAACUCAUGGAAAAGUGUGAAAAUAUCGUGUCAAAUUACCAAAGCAUUUCUGUGAUUAAGCCUGAAGAAGUUCUUAGAACAAGUGCUGGAGAAACAGGAUAUCAUGGAUCAUCUACUGCAUUGGUUGCUCACUUUGAUGGUCAGACCCUCCAUGCUGCCAAUGUUGGAGAUACAGGAUUUAUCAUUCUAAGAAACGGUGCUGUCUUUAAAAAGUCAACUCCCGCUGUUCACGAAUUCAGUUUUCCUUUACAGAUAGUUAGAGGUGAUGAUCCCUCAGAAACCAUUGAGGGGUACAGUAUUGAUCUAAACGAAGGUGAUGUGGUUGUAACUGCCACUGAUGGUCUCUUUGACAAUCUUUAUGAGCAAGAGAUAGCUAUAAUUGUUUCCAAGUCCUUGCAAAGUGGCUUCAAACCUCAGGAAAUAGCAGAGUUCUUGGCCAUGAAAGCACAAGAGGUUGGGAGAUCACCAUGCACAAGAAGUCCAUUUUCUGAUGCUGCCCAAGCUGCUGGCUAUGUAGGAUGUACUGGAGGCAAGCUUGAUCAUGUGACUGUUAUUGUGUCCUUUGUUCAACAUAGAUCUUCCUCACCUUCAUAAAGUUGCUGCCCUUACAGAGACACACGCACACGUUUACUGGUAUCAUACACACACACACACACACACACACACAACAAUCAUUGUGUAAAUUUGGCCUGAUACUCUUCUCAGUUGCAGUGUAGAAGGAAACAAAAAAAUGAGCUUCCUAGUUAUACCUAUUUCAUUUCAAGCAUAGUUGUGCAUAGCAUGAAAAUUUGGGUUAAUUUGCUCGACAGUAAACUAUUUAACUAGUAUCUUGACUGGUUUAAUAAAAUAUUUUGUUUAUGAUUGAUUUAA